UCCCCCCGUUUGUGCCAAAUCUCCUGAAAGACUGUGAAGAUGGGCUGCAGACGCACAGACUGCCUUUCGAGGCCUUUGUCAAACCUUUUUGAAAAGCUCGGAUCAACAGUUGGCUCCUUUCCUUUAUAUUUCCUCAUCAUUCCCAUCAUUGUCUCAUCAGCACUUGGUGGAGGCUUCUUUUUUAUCAAAGACAGAGAAGACAAUGAUCUUGAGCAGCAAUUCACCCCAAAGAAAGGACCCUCGAAGGUGACAAGAGCCUUUGUGAAAGAAAACUUCCCGUACAACGAUUCUAUGUUUUCUAUAGACAGGCUGUACGACAAAGGUAAUUUCGCAUCCCUCAUUGCGGUGUCGAGAAACAGCAACGGUGUCCUGGAAAGUCCUGCGUUUGAGGACGUCCUUCGACUCAACGACAUGAUUCUGAAUCUCACCGUGGACAACRGAAGGCUGGGCUUCAGCGACUUGUGUGCCGUGGUCAACGGAAGAUGUGUCUCCAACGUCAUCCUGGAAAUCCUCACUCAUGACAGAGCCAGAAUAAGCUACCCAGAACAUGUGCACAGAUCCAGUUCGGUCUUCCUGGGUUCUGUUCUUGGUGGAGUUCUUACAGAUAGCAACGGCAYGGUCCAAAGCGCUCAGUCUGUGAAGCUCCUCUACUAUCUGGACCAUCRUGAAAGCAAAGCCUCAGAGUUAUGGCUGAGAGGAUUUAAAGCACUCCUUUCAGAGCAGACAGACAGAAAGCACAUUGAUGUGUCUUACUACACCUCCAAAUCCAAGCAGGAGGAGAUCAACAGCCACACCACAGAUGGCUUCCCUUUAUUCCUCAUCACUUAUGCCUGUGCCAUCACCUUGUCGGUGUUAUCCUGCCUGAGAUCAGACAAUGUUAGGAACAAACUAUGGAUAGCUGUUGUUGGAGUCAUCUCCUCUGGACUGGCAGUCAUCUCCUCGUUCGGCUUACUACUUUACAUCGGAGUACCGUUUGUCAUAACUGUGGCAAACUCUCCUUUCCUAAUACUUGGAAUUGGUCUGAAUAACAUGUUUAUCAUGUUGUCGGACUGGCAGCACACCCACGUGAACGAUCCGGUGCCAGAACGGAUGGCUCACACUUACAAAGAAGCGAUCAUGUCCAUCACCAUCACUGCCCUGACAGACGUUCUCAAGUUCUUCAUUGGCGUCAUGUCUGACUUCCCGUCUGUGCAGUCUUUCUGUCUGUACACGGCCACCUCCAUCUUGUUUUGUUACAUUUACACAAUCACCUUCUUUGGAGCGUCAUUGGCUUUAAACGGAAGGCGCGAGGAAAGCAACAGGCACUGGAUGACCUGCAUGAAGGUGCCGUCAGAGAAAACAAGCAAUCGUUCGGAUUUGUACAACGUCUGCUGCGUGGGAGGCAAAUACGAUAAGACCACAGGAGCGGAGAAAAAACAAUUUGCGAGUAACUUCUUUAAGGAGUACUACGGCCCGUUUUUAACCAAACCUGUGGUGAAAGGACUGGUGUUGUUCCUUUAUGUGGUGUACAUCGGUACAAGUGUUUUUGGAUGUUUCAAAGUUCAGCAGGGUAUUGAGCUUUAUGAUCUGGCAGCUGAUAACUCCCACGUUACAAGAUUCAUCAAAAAGGAAAGGCAGCUUUUUUCUGACUACGGCCCAUCUGUUAUGGUCAUCGUAAACGAGGCRUUUCCAUACUGGGAUAAGACCAAAAGGUGCCAUCUUCAAGCAUGCCUGGACGAUUUUAAAGAGCCCCAGUUUGUGGAUAUGGACAUUUAUACUUCCUGGUUAGAAUCGUACCUUUCCUACGGACAAGAGAGGCAUCUAAAUUUAGAUGAUAAAGAUGUCUUUCUCUCAAAUCUGCCUCCAUUUUUUGAUUUAUACCCUCUUUUCAAACAAGAUGUGAACCUGAUUGAAAAUGUUAUCCACGCUUCCCGGGUCUUCAUCCAGACGGUUGACAUAGCUAAUGCCAGCAGAGAAAUGGAAAUGCUCAAAGGCCUUAAAUCCAUCGCUGGCAGCUGCAGAAUUGCGUCUCUAUCAGUCUAUAACCAUGCAUUCAUCUACUUGGAUCAGUACGAUGUUGUAGUGAGCAGCACCAUCAAGAACGUGAGCGUGAUCACAGUUGUGAUGUUGGUCGUCUCUCUCCUGCUGAUUCCAAACCCCGUCUGCUCGUUAUGGGUGACUUGUUCCAUCGGUUCUGUGACCAUCGGGGUAACAGGGUUCAUGGCCCUUUGGGACAUUAGUCUGGAUUCCAUAUCAAUGAUUAUUUUCACCGUCUGCAUCGGCUUCACUGUGGAUUUCUCCGCUCACGUGGCUUACGCCUUCGUCUCCAGCAAGAAGUCCACUCCCGAUGACAAAGCCAUCGACGCUCUGUCCAACCUGGGUUACCCCAUACUUCAAGGUGCACUGUCCACCAUUUUAGGUGUGUCGGUGCUGGCCAUGUCCGAGUUCAACACCUUCAGAACCUUUUUUAAGAUCUUUUUUCUCGUCAUGUUUAUCGGGAUGGUCCACGGGCUCGUUUUCAUCCCCACGGUCCUGACGACGUGCAGCGCAGAGAAACGUAAAGAGGAGGAUUUAAAAAUAAGUCGUUUUUAACCACUGAAAGGGUGGUGGGACAUUUUAGGCCAAAGCAUUUAUUUAUCUUAUUACACUUCUUUUUAAAUGUUCCUUUAUAGUUACAAAAUGAGACGUCGGUAUGACAGCUUACACUGGAAAUUUGUUUCAGUUUUUGUUUGUUUAUAUGUACUAACAUAAAUCAUGUUUUAAGGUAAUUUAAAAAAGUACUGUAUGUAUUGUAAGUUAUUCAUUUUUUUGUAUAUUCAUUGUGUUGUUUUUUUUAUUUUACAUUUGCCUUGGGACUAUGAUUCAGUCACACAUAACAGUUAAGUUGGUAAUAAAUAUAAUUUAAUUACAGCCAAUUGCUUUUUUUAAUUAUACUCUACUUGACCAAAUUUUUUUCCCACAUUGUAUCAAACUGCAUUGUAUAUUUUGUGCACAAAUUCUGGUGAAAUGAAAACCUGAGCUAUUUGUGUGAUAUGAAUUUAUGUAAUAUUACUCAAUAAAAUAUCUAUGAAUCUUA